GAAUACUUUUAUAAUUCCAACACUACUAGAGACAGAGCCGCACUAUAAAAAGAGGGGGAUAGCACCCUCUGUUUCACGACUCUGUAUUGUAUACCAUCACUGAGAGAGAGAGAUCUUCUUCUUCUUUCUGCGUGUAAGAUUUUUCAGUCUGUCUACAUAUGGCGCUACUUUCAGAUCUCGUUAACCUAAACCUUUCUGACUCCACUGAGAAGAUCAUCGCAGAGUACAUAUGGGUCGGUGGAUCCGGUAUGGACCUAAGAAGCAAAGCAAGAACUCUUGAAGGACCAGUUGAUGAUCCUUCAAAGCUACCGAAAUGGAAUUACGAUGGUUCAAGCACAGGUCAAGCUCCCGGAGAAGACAGUGAAGUGAUUAUAUACCCUCAAGCAAUUUUCAAGGACCCAUUUAGGAGAGGCAAUAACAUAUUGGUCAUCUGUGACGCUUAUACUCCAGCAGGAGAACCUAUUCCAACUAACAAGAGAAGUGCUGCUGCGAAGAUUUUCAGCCAUCCUGAUGUAGUUGCUGAGGAACCCUGGUAUGGUAUUGAGCAGGAAUACACCUUGCUCCAGAAAGAAGUCAAGUGGCCCAUUGGGUGGCCUGUCGGUGGUUACCCUGGCCCUCAGGGACCAUACUACUGUGGUGUUGGUGCUGACAAAGCUUUCGGGCGUGACAUUGUUGAUGCUCACUACAAGGCCUGCUUGUAUGCAGGCAUCAACAUUAGUGGUAUAAACGGAGAAGUUAUGCCAGGGCAGUGGGAAUUCCAAGUAGGUCCUUCUGUCGGUAUAUCUGCUGGAGACGAGUUGUGGGCUGCUCGUUACAUUCUAGAGAGGGUAACAGAAAUUGCUGGAGUUGUCCUUUCCUUUGAUCCAAAGCCAAUUCAGGGUGAUUGGAAUGGUGCUGGUGCUCACACAAAUUACAGUACCAAGUCUAUGAGGAACGAUGGAGGUUAUGAGGUCAUCAAGAAGGCCAUUGAAAAGCUUGGAUUGAAGCACAAAGAGCACAUUUCUGCAUAUGGAGAAGGCAAUGAGCGUCGUCUUACUGGUCGACAUGAAACUGCUGACAUCAACACUUUCUUAUGGGGUGUUGCAAACCGAGGUGCAUCUAUUCGAGUUGGCCGUGACACCGAGAAGGCAGGCAAAGGCUAUUUUGAAGACAGGAGACCUGCUUCCAACAUGGACCCAUACGUAGUUACUUCCAUGAUCGCCGAAACCACCCUCCUUUGGAAGCCAUAAGUGACAAGCUGUGCCACGUUUGCUACCGUCAUUGUCUUUUGAUGGUUUGGGAAAGAAAGCAUUCGUUGCAUCCAUUUAGUUGAAAAUAUGCGUUGCUCGCAUUAGGCUAGCUCUUUUUUAAUUUUUCCUUUCCCCGUUGUCUUCAUUGGGUUAUUUCCCAGCUCUCUCGAGUAUCAAGUUGAGUGCUAUCGCCUGUGUUUCGAAUAAUGGUCAAAUAAGACAGCAUGAAAAUGGCUUGUUCAAGUAGUUGAUUCUCUAUUGUGUUACUAUUUGAAUGCUCGUGACUUGUCUCUUUUUCCAAAUGAAAUGUAUUCACGUUUUUAUCA